GAUUUUUUCGCGUACCGAACAGUUGAUUUCCUCUCUCUACAUUCUUCUUUCAAGCACCUUCUCGUUUUAUUCCUGCGCUUUUGAUCACUUUUCCUCCGCUCUCUACUCCCAGAUUUUUAGCUUGGUGAUUUCAGAGUAAUUGGAUGAUGAUGAACAGCAUUGCGGAUUCUUUCAACGGAGAUUUGAACAGUCUGUUCAAUCUUCCUGAAGCAAUUGAAAAAUUCAUGUUUCAACCUCGAGCUCACGACUCUCAAGAAAACAGAGGCGUCUCUAACAUCCCAGUAGAUAUUAUGGAAACUGCCAAAGAAUACGUAUUUUAUAUGGACAUCCCUGGUCUCUCCAAAACUGACAUUCAGGUGACUGUGGAAGAUGAGAAGACACUGGUGGUUCGGAGCAAUGGGAAGAGAAAACGCGAAGAUGGGGAAGAAGAGGGGUGCAAAUACCUGAGACUGGAGAGGAGGGCGCCGCAGAAGCUGCAGAGGAAGUUCCGGUUGCCGGAGAAUGCCAACGUGGCAUCCAUCAAUGCAAAAUGCGAGAAUGGUGUUCUAACUGUGACUGUUGAGAAGCACCCUCCACCUCAGAAAUCCAAAACAGUUCAAGUUGACCAUUGCCUGAGGCCAAAUUCUUUUGGAUUUCUGUAACUGUUUAGGCCUGUCUUUUGUUUAGUCUGGUUUGGGUGGGUACCACGGAUUUUGUUGAAAACUAUGUUGCCAAUGUCUAUUUAUGCCUGUAGUUUCUGUUAGGAAAUUUGUAGUUUUCUUCCUCGUUAUUGUGAUCCUAAUGCUUCCAUGAAGCAAGACAUCUUUUGUUAUCAUGGAUAGCAAAUGAAUCUGGAUCACCGAAGUUGUAAAAUUAUGGUCUUUUUCUGA